AUGAAGAUCCGUAGCAUUGGGCAAGAUGAGCGGAUCGACUUUGGGGUUGCGCCGAGCUCGAUUCAACGCAUUGAAGCGCCUGUCACGGCCAAGGCGUAUCUGAUGUGUGCAUUCGCUGCCUUCGCAGGCAUGCUGUUUGGAUAUGAUUCAGGAUACAUCGCUUCAGUCAUGGCGAUGCGGCAGUUCAAGAUCGAGUAUGGCCAUCCCGUCUCUCUCGACGUCGACAAGAGUGGCUACUUCUAUGGUACAUGGGAGAAGGCUCUGACAGUGUCGAUACUGUCGGCAGGGACGUUCUUCGGUGCGUUGAUCUCCGGCGCUCUAGCAGAUUUGAUGGGCCGAAAGACAACGAUAAUAGCGGGCUGUGCUGUCUUCUGCGUAGGAGUCGCUGUACAGCUCUGCGACACUGUGGUGUCCGCUCUCGUUGUCGGAAGACUAAUCGCAGGCCUUGGUGUCGGGUUCGUAAGCGCGAUCAAUAUCCUCUACAUGUCAGAGGUCGCUCCGCGCAAGGUCAGAGGAGCAAUCGUGUCAGCGUACCAGUUCGCGAUAACGAUCGGUAUCAUGCUUGCCAGCGUCCUGGCCUACGGAACCCACAAUCGAACAGACACCGGAGCCUUUCGAAUACCGAUCGCUUUACAGUUCUUCUGGGCCAUCAUCCUGGCCGGAGGCCUUAUCAUGCUGCCAGAGUCACCCCGGUACUACGUAAUGAAAGGCCGACUGGAUCUCGCAGUUCGCGCUCUUUCUCGAGUCCGAGGACAACCAAUGGAGUCAGAAUGGCUGCAAGACGAGCUCGCCGAGAUCCAAGCGAAUUACGAGUACGAACAACAAGUGGGCGAGGUGACCUGGUUGGGGUGCUUCGGCGGCGGCAUACACAAACGCAACUCCAACAUCCGGAAGGUCUUCAUUGGCACCGCACUCCAGAUGUUUCAGCAGCUCACCGGGAUCAACUUCAUCUUCUAUUUUAACGCCACUUUCUUCUACUCCAUUGGCCUCAACAACAUAUUUCUGAUUUCGCUCGUCACCACGGUGGUCAAUGUCUGCUCGACGCCCGUCUCCUUCUGGACCAUCGAACGCUACGGUCGACGUCCCCUACUCAUCUGGGGAGCCGUAGCAAUGUCGAUCUGCGAAUUCGUCAUCGCAGCAGUCUGGACGGCGGACGCGAACUCCAAGGCGGCCAACUACGUCCUCAUCACCUUCGUGUGCAUCUACGUCUUCUUCUUCGCAUCAACUUGGGGUCCGACAGCUUGGGUCGUGAUCGGGGAGAUAUUUCAACUUCCCAUCCGCGCCAAAGGGGUAGCUUUGUCUACUGCCAGUAACUGGUUCUGGAACUGCAUCAUCGGGAUCAUCGUGCCCUACAUGGUCGACGGCGGCCUCGGGGGCAAAGUCUUCUUCGUGAGUCAUCCCCUCUACUAG